CUUCGUGAAAUGCGUUGGACAGGCGUUAUAAGAACUCGAAUUUGUUGUACGCAAUGGAGAAGCAGCCGGAACAUAAAUUCACGUUCACAUGGAUUAUUGAAGAGUUCAAAAUUAGCCCUCUAUACACAACGACAUAUAGUGGGAUAGUUUCACGUCUCCAUAGCCCAGAAUUUGCUUUCAGCUUUUUACCCGAUGUGAAAUGGGUUAUAAAAUUGCAUUCGUUAUCUGAUACUGCGUACAUUAUUCUAUAUCCUAGGAAUGAUAUUUCUGCAAAUUCCAGAAUUCGUUAUAGAAUUGAAGCAUUCGAUUUCAACGGAAACCCAAUUUUUAGUUUUGAAAAUACGAAAUAUGCUACAUCUUUUGAAAAGAAACUCCUUCGAUCUGUCAUCAACGACAUUCUUAUAUUAAAAUUCACUUUCAGCCAAAAGUGUGAGGCAAACCAACCGGAUCUACUUCCUCCACUUUCUUACAAGAACGGAUUGUUCGCGGAUGUCCUCUUGCGUGCCGGUGGUGCAGAAUUCAAAGUACACAAAGCCAUUUUAUGUGCGAGAUGGCCCAAACUGGCAGAAAAUCUAAACAAAGAAAAAACUAGCCAGCUAGUUUUGGAUAUCCCGUCGAAUGUCCUGGAGGCCAUCCUCAAAUAUGUUUACAUGGGAAAGAUGGAUUUCAGCGGAAACGAACUGUCAGCAGAAGUGUCAGCGGCUGCCGUGAAAUAUGAGCUUCCACAUCUAAUAUGCAUACCUGUUGUGGCACAGAAAUGUCGAACCCGACCAAACGUACAGAAUGUGUCAUUUGAGUGGCCAAUCAACAAUUUCUCAAAAUUAGCUGUUAACACAGUAUUACGCAGCCACGUGUUCAUACUGGAUGCUUCCAGAUCUUGCAGAUGGAAUUUAAUCUUUUACCUUCGCGAAGAUGCUCUGCAUGGUAGAAUCUUCGAUAUCUCCGUUUGCAGAGAAUCUGACAGUGCAGUUAUACCGAUUUUCGUGAGAAUUCACAUCUCCUUUGACGAAACUAAUUCCUCAGAAUAUGAGUACUUGUUCUUGAAGGAUUUAAGUUGGAAGUGUGCAAAAUUUUCUCGUAGUAUUUCUACCGAUCCAGAGGAUAUAUUAUUACUUAAAUGUGAUUUAAAAUUUUUCGAUUUCAGGUAUGAUUCCAAAACUGUGCAAACUUCUUAUGCGUUUGCAUCAACUGGAAAUUGCAGAUAUCUGAGCAGUGAUAUGGAAAAUCUUUUUCAAAGUGGAACAUUAUCGGACGUUGAUAUUAUUGUCGGUUCGGAUACCUUACGCGCUCAUAAAUUUAUUCUAUGUGCCCGAUCUUCGGUGUUUUCUAGAAUGUUCGAUUCGCAGAUGAUGGAAUCGAAAACCAACUGCGUUACAAUUUCUGACGUGGAUUCCUGGGUUAUAAAUAAAAUGUUUUUGUUUCUAUAUUCUGGAAAUUUUGAUCCCAGUCGCGAAUAUAUGACAGAAACUAUGGAUGUUAUGGAACUCUAUGCCGCAGCUGAUAAGUACGAUAUUCCUACUCUUAAGAAAAAGUGCGCAUCUUACCUGAAAUCGAACCUUUCUGUCCAGAACGUUUGCAAAGUUCUACAACUGGCCGAUGUGCAUUCCGAUGACGAUUUGUACGAGAGUGUAUUCGAAUUUAUCAGCGCUCAUGCUGAAGAAAUCUUCUCAACUUGUGAAUGGAAAGAAAUAUCCAAAAAUAACAUAUGUGCAAAACUUUUAGCAAAAGCGAUUAUACGUAAAAAUUCGGCAAAAUGAUUAAUACAAACUUUGAGUUUAGUUUUAUCUUUGAAAGAAUUUUUAAUUGAAAACAACCUAAAAAAUUGGCUAAUGGUUAAAAAAUUGGCUUAAUUUUACGUUUCUAAUCACACGCGGACCUCAAAAUGUUUCUUCUCAAAUAGGAUAUUUUUUGCAAACUUUCAAAUUCUAACCCAUAAAAUAUUUUUGUCUACUAGUAAGUAUUAAAAAUCCGGAUGCAGUAACUAUUAAAAAUCCGGAUGAAGGAUUUCAGAACAUCCUGAAAUUUUGUUUCCUCGUUAUUUACAACAUGAUACAUUAUUAUUAUUACUAUGCUUUUGUAAAGCCAUAACUUAUCCCAUACCAUGCCAAAGACACGAAUCUGAAUGAUUUACAGUACCGAUAUUUACGCUUUGUUUAAACUGUUUUUUAUGCUUUAUUCUAUGCUUAAGAAACACACUAACAUUUCUUAAACGCAUGUAUAAUUAUUAUUAUAUGUUCCCAUAAUUCAGUAACUCUCAAGAAUAAAAAUCUAAAUUAGCUUUUGCGGAAGUUGUGACUUUUCAAGUUCUUGAUUUUGGCGUGGCGUGGAUACUCAAAUUUUUAUUUCAACUUAAACCAUUACUGAGGAAUUUAUUAACGAAAGGUUCUUAUUUAGGACAUAAAAUAAUAUUCUUGGUUUUCCUUGUCUUUUAAAAUAAAAUUAUUUUAUUCCAUAAAUUAUAGGUGAAAGUAAGUGUAAUUUAUUAAUGAAAUUAUAAAUGUAAUAAGUGUUUAAUUUACAAAUGAAGUUUUACAGGCAUCAGAGUUAUUUCUCUUGAUAUUUAAAAUUAAAAUAACUAAUAAUUUUCUAUGAAUUGGUGCAUUUGUAUGAAAUUUGUGCUAUUUUUAGGUUUUUCUGCGCGUAUCGUUUUCGAUUACGAAUUUUGCCCAUAAAUAUAGUUGAGCAAAUGUACUUAUU